AUGAUCAUUGUUAAACAACAUGAAUUUAUGGGUGAUUUAUGUGAAGAAUCAACAUUUGAUUACACAACAAGUUCUGAUGUAUAUGAUAGAAUUUUAAAAAAUAGUAUAUUAGGUACACGUUUAAUUAAAAAAUCUGUUAUAUGCAAUCGUCGAUCCGGUGCUAUAAUUGCUUAUGGACCAGAAGAUUUUACACCAUCUAUUGAACAAAUUAAUAAAUUUUUAAUAUUAUCACAAGCUGAACGAGCUGAUCGUGCAAUUAUAGAUAGACAUUUUCAAAUAGCUAUGGAUUCUUGUUUAUAUAAAGAUGUUGAUGAUAAAACUGGUGUACUUCUAGCUGAUGUACUACAGUAUUAUACAAGACCUAAUACAAAUGAAUCGAAUGUUGGCAAACAUGAAUUAUCUGGUUUAUUAACAAAAAAUUCAUUAUUGAUUGGAAUCUAUGAAGUUGGCAAUAGAACUACUAAUGAUGCUAAACAAUUAUUACUUGAAAUGCGAGAUUAUUUUGAUGCACAAGGAAUGUAA